AGUAUGCAACUCAAGUAUCACAUUUUUAUUACCAAUUUAGUUUCAUACCCUACUUCAAUCAAUGAAACGUAAUUGCGUUUUCGUUUUUUUCAUGUCUGAAAUGAGUUUCGAAUCAACAAAUAGGCAUGCAAAAUCACACAAGUGUGAAAAAUAUGCUCAGAAUCGGGCGAAGCUGGGGCGAGUCGUUAGCAUUGUAAAAUCUGGUUCGUUUCUAAUUGGCGAUGUCGUAAUACAGAAUAUGAGACUCUCGCACAUUGAAGAUAACAUUGUCAUACGGUCAGAAUUAUCUGUAGUCUCCUUACUAUCCAAUAAAUAACAAAACGACCGCGAUGAUAAGGUUUCCCGGCUCAGUGGCCAGUGGCCAGUGGCCGGCGGAGCGCGCGUCGCGGGAGCGUGGGAGCGCGUGUGCAUCUGUCAAUGAACGUGGGACUAGCAGCGACAGCAGCCAGUGUCAAGACUGUGUUGCCCCCCAGUGGGACUAAGUGGCUUCCAUAAUUCCAUUGCAUCUACGUCUUCAUACCCAUUCGCGCCACUAAGCUUCUACUCACGUUUCCGCCACUAUACUAUAGAUAGUUGUCAAACGCUGACCGGACGAAAGCAGAGCAGCCAUGGCGGCUGAGGAGGAGCCCGAUGCGCUCAAGAUUUACUGGGAGCACUUCUUCAAGUCUGAAACCGGUACAUACGAGAAAUCAACGUGGCUAGAUUUAUUUCUGGCCGAAUUCUUGCUACGAGUCAACGAUGGCGCUAAUCCCAAAGAGUUAAUAAAAUUUUGCCCCGUGAGCGGCGUGGUGACGCUGGUGGGCUGCGAGCUGCUGUGCGGGCUGCACCGCGUGACGUCAUCCAUCACCGCGCACUUCCCCGCGCCGCUGCCGCCGCCCCCGCCGCCGCCGCCGCCGCCGCUGGGGGCAGAAGCCGGCGGCCUGCUGGAUUCUACAGGUACUCAUCAGCUCAGUGACACAGCCAGAUUGCCGCGGGGUAUUUUGGAUAAAAAUACGCCAUGUGACCACGUGAACAUAGCUUCUAUAUUUUGGUUUGAUAACAUGCUCAUAAAGGUAUCAGGAAGGCGUUGGUUGUAG